AUGGCCGACGAGGCUUUGAAAGAGCGUCUGAAGCUCCUUCGUCAAGGUCUGCAAUCCUCUGCGCAGCCCGCGGCAGCACCUUCCUCCCUUCCUCCACGAUCAUCUGAUCUCCGAUCUUCCAACACAUCCACUCCAACGCAACUGAACUCAACCCACCGCAGCACCAACGUCACACCGGCCGAGAGUGCCGACGAGGACGCUCUGCUAUUCGACAGACUGCGCAAGCUUCGUACGACGCAAGCACCGCCGACCGAUCGCGAACACUUGGGCAAGCCCCCUCAACGCGGUCAGCCCAGCGACGCUGUCUCCGUCCCCGCACGUCUCAGUGAACAAGACGAGAUUGACGCUCUGAUCCGAUCGACGCAGGACCAAGUGGAUCUCGAACGCUCUUGCUACCCUGAACUGCUCGAUUCCAACGACGCCCAGUCUGAUCAUCUUUCCGACUCGGAAUUGAGUGGAGACAUCGACAAUCUCACUCGUGACGCCAACAACAUCGUCCAAGCCGCUCGCGACGAAGUUUCACUCGAAAUUCGCUCGCCUGUCUCAGACACUCCCGAUCCCCCACAAAGCACUCGAGAAGAAGAGCCUGCUAUGAUGGCUACACACCACGAGAUCGAGUCUGCUCUCGCAGACGCAUCCAAGGACUCCGAGCUGUUCGCUAGCCGAGACGCUCCCGUCGAUGCUGCCACUGCUUCCGCCCCUGCUAACCAAGCCAAGGGGCGUCGCAAUUGGCUCGGCGGUCGAUUCUUCUUUGUGGCCAUGGUGACCUUGCUCAUCGUGGCCGUCUCAUCCAUCCCAGGCGCCCAUGCCUUCGGUGCCGGUAACAUCCCUUCGUUCGCCUACAUGGAGGGCAAGGCCUUCCGCCACGGAGACAUCGAGGACAUCCUCGAAGAGCUCGCCAAGAAGGUGGGCGGAUCGCUCUUUGGCGCCGCCAAGUUCGGCGGCCUCGACAUCAAGCGCAUCUACUUUGGCAACUGGCUUCGCGAUUACAGUCAGGCUAUGGACGUCGCUGGUCUGCAAAAGAUGAACAAGCAGGCCAUCCUCAACAUCGUCAUGGUCCUCGGCUUUCUUGCGCACGGCUACGCCACCGCCGAGUUUCAGGUGACCGACGACAGGCUGGGCGUCUAUCUGCCAGAGGAGCACCUCGACAACCCCAAAGGCUACGCCGAGGGCAAGGACGCUCGUCAGUACGACCCGCGCCUUCGCGAGCCCAUCAACCCACAGGAGCUCGAGAUCGACCCUCGUUCCGGCAUGAAGAACUACCUCGCCAACGAGUCUGGAAACUGGCGCACUGGCUCCGGCCUCAUCCGCCGCACGCUUGUGCGCGUGAUCGAGACCGGACGCCGUGCACGAGACUCGGGACGCGAGGCGGACCUGUACGAGGCCUACCGCCUCCUGGGUCAGGCGCUGCACACACUCGAGGACUUCCCCGCCCACAGCAACUGGACUGAGCUCGCGCUGCACCGUCUCGGCCACCACAACGUCUUCCUGCACGUCGGCGACAACGUCAAGGUGCGAGCACCCGACGGCACCCAGGUGGCCCCUAUCGUCACCGGCACAUUUGGCGGUGCCGAUUUCAUGCACUCGCUGCUGGGUGAGGCCCAGGACCACUUGUCCGAGGCUUCCAUCUCGGACCUCAACAAGGCGAUGGACAACGCCAAGCAGAGGUCGCGAGGCGAGAACCGCAGUCCCGUCCAGGACCUGCUCGGUAUGCUGGCCAAGGUGCCUGGCGGCGGCGGCGACAGCGUGUCGCGCGACCUGCAGGACGUCUCGCGCGGCCCGGCGACCGACCCGGCCAACAUGUCGCCGCAGGAGAUGUACGCCAACCUGUGGAAGAUCCUCGAGCUGCGCGACCGCAUCAUGAAGGGCAUCGAAGGCACGAUCGAAAAGAUCCCCGGCCUCAGCUCGCUCGUCGAGAAACUCACCAACGAGCUCAACGUCUUUGUCUUCACGCUCAUCGAGCCGUACGCCAAGCCGAUCAUGCAGCAGGGCAUGAGCGCAUUCAAGCUCGGCUCGGCAGCCGUGAUCAACAAGGAGGAGCAGUUUGAGGUGUUUGACAACCCGAACGCUUCGGACCCGACGCACUCGAUGCUGUCCAAGGACCACUUUGGCCUCAUCCUCAACGAGGUUGCCGGCAACGUGGCCAAGAUCAUCGUACGUCACACGGUUACCAAAGUCGUCAAGGCAUGGGACGACCGCGGCAUGGACCCGAACCAUGUCGCGGACGAGUGCCUCGCGCCCAUGUUCCAUCCGUACUGGUUCAACGGCCAGGCGCAGGUGCAGAAGGAGAUGAUGGACUACGUCUCCGAGUGGGCGCGCCAGCAUUCCACUGAGAUCGGCCGUCUGAGCAAGCAGAGCGUGCGCAACCACACCAACACGCGCAGCGGCAAGGCCGAGCCGCACACCCACGGCAGCGACCAGCCCAGCAUCGGCUCUUUCAUGGGUGGAAGCAGCUCGCAGGCCGCCCACAACUUUUCGAGCAACCACCACUACGGCGGUGGCGGCCACGGUGGAGGCAACAGCGGAGGCGGCUAUCCAGGCAGCGGUGGCGGUGGUGGAGGAGGCGGCGGUGGCGGUAGCAUCGGCUCGCAAAUGGCAGGCUACGCGUCGAACUACGUCUCGAACCAGGUGCAUGGAUUUGUGGGCAGCCACGUGCCUGGCGGCAACAACAUGUUCCGCGAGCUUCCGGAGGGCGGCAAUGACGGUGGACGCGAGCAGGGGCGAAGGCACGAGCAGGGAUCGUCGUACGACAACGACAGGCCUUCUUUCCCGCAGGCGGAGCCCACUGGUCACGACCGCUACGGCAGCCACGAGAGCGGAAACUACUCUGCACCGGGCUAUGCGCCUCCUGGAGGAUUUGCUCCGCCUGGUGGCCCGCCUCCUCAGGGCGGAUACGGCGGUCCCCAGGGCGGGUACGGUCAGCCUGAAUACGGCCAGCAGGGCUAUGGUCAGCAAGGUCAAGGUCAGCCCGGAUAUGGCCAGUAUCCUCCGCCCGGCGGACCGCCUGGGCCUCAGUAUGGCCAGGGUGGAUACGGUCAGCAGGGCGGCUACGGUGGCGGAUACGGCGGCGGCUACUAA